AUGACCACGUCAAGUGUCACUUCAUCGCUUGAGUCUCUUUCGUCUCCCACGGCCAUAUUUAGCACCAUCCCUUCGGCCUGGUCCAACAGCUCUUCGAUGAAUGCGGCAACCAGCCUAAGUCUCGUUCCGGGCACGACCCUAAUAGCCUCACCUUCGCCCUUCCCAAGCUCGCCAUCAUAUACAUUCUCCAUCGAGAUAAGUAACCAACGCCAACACGUCGGCCAAUGGUACGGCCGUUACAUAUCUGGUGACAUAAACAAGUUACUCAAGAACCGCUGCGAUGACGACAAGAUAGGUGCCAACACGUGCAAGACUUCAAAGGAAAAAUUCGAUAACAUCGAGUACUCCAAUCAAGCCGGCAUAGUGGAAAAAGGCAUACAGUUUGUCGAAGUAAGUGUCGAGAGUGACUACAUUCCCGGGAAACACGAAGGAGGGGUUGGCUACAACGGAAAGUCCCUGCAGAAUGCGUUCAUCAGCCAAAUCGCCUACACGUUUCAGCUUAGUGGUGAGGAUGAGAAGAACUGUUACAGAUUCGAUCGGAGAUCGACAAUGUGCACUUUCUGCAAGAUCUGUAUUCCCGAUGGAAGGGAUCGCGUGAUAAGGUGGUGUAAUGCACCCGAGUAUGUUCGAGUGAGCGUCAAGAACGGAGAGGGGAAAGAGGUUGCGCAUAUGAAGGUUGUGCUCAAAUUUACGGGCACAACAGACAAAGGGAAAUUCGAUUGCAUGGCCAUCAAGGAGAGUGUCGAGAGAAGUGCGCGAGAUGACAGGAUGAAGGAAGUGAAAGAAGCGGUUGGCGGAAAAGAGGUCGAGGCUAGAGCGACGUGUUCAGGAGAUGAGGUCACGGGGAACUGUCCUAAUGAGUGCCUGUAUAAACUGGGCCCGUGUUUCAAAUAA